GUAAGCCCGCGCGAGAAGGUGAAGAUGGAGGAGAUAGAGGCGGCAGCUGCUGGCUCUGAGCCGCCUGCCGUGGCGGUGAACGGGGACAAAAUGACGCAGGGCCCGGCACAGGUCUCCAAGCUGAGGCAGCGCCUCGCACAGCUGAGGCAGGCCGAACGCGAGCGUCUGGAGGGCGACCAGCCGGAGGAGCCACGGCGGCGGCUGGACGCCAAGGGCGAGCAGCACCACCCGGGGCCGCAGCGCCGGCCGGAGGCCUCCCGCCCCAGCUGGCGCGCGGACCACCGCAGCGCCGGCCGCAGCAGCACUGGCCAUGGCGGCAGGCGCCCCAAGCGCCGGAGCCCCAGUGCCUCGGAGACGCCGCCGCUGCUGCCGGAACCCUCCCCAGAGCCCCGGAGCCCUUCGCAGGCGGCCGAGGCCGGCCCCCGGAAGCGGCGCCGCCGGCGCGGGCAGGAGGGCG